AUGAGUUACCGAGGCUGCUGGCAGUUUUUAUAUCUUGAAAAAAGGCAAAUUGAAAAUAAUAAACCAUUACAGGAUUAUACAAUAUUAAAUAUUCAACAUCAACUAGGUGAUGUAACUGCUCAAACAGAAGCAUUAAUAGCCUUAGGUGCAUUGCCUUCUAAUCGAUAUUUUCUUCCACCACCCUAUACACAUCAUAGAGAAUUUGAAUUAUUUGUUUUUAAAUAUUAUGGAAUUUCAAAAGAAAACUUUUUUCAAUCUUCUUCAUAUCGUUUACGUUAUAACUAUGACAAAUGUCGUUUAUUACAAGUUAUAUUUGAAUUCCAUCAAAUGAUUAAAAUAGAAUUAUCGAAGAAAAGACAAAAACAUAAUAAUUUACUUGUAUUGGAUGACGGAGGAUAUUUUUCUGAAGCAUUAACAACUUUACUUGACAUUCAUAAUGAAAUAUCAAUUGAAACUCGUCUUAUUGAACAAACAUCACAUGGUAUGUUUAAAUAUGUCGAUCAACAAGAUAUAUCUAAAACAUUAAAUAAAUUUGGAAUAUCUAUUAUUGACGUUGCAUCAAGUGAGUCUAAAAAACGUUUAGAACCUACUAUUAUUGCUGAAGCAUGUUUGAAUAUGUUAUCGUAUUUAUUUUAUGAUGCACUAAAUCAUCUACGAGUUCCUAAACCAUUGAAAUCACAGAAUUGUUUAUUACUUGGCUAUGGACAAACAGUAGGUUAUGCUUUAACGGACUAUGGAGAUUUAGAAUUAUUUUCAAAAUAUUCUGUUAAAGUAUGGGAUCGAGACGUAAUGAGACAUAAAAUAGCAGAAAAUAAUGGUUUCGAAAUAUUCAAUCAAUGGAAUAAUAAAGAAGAAUUUGAUUAUAUUAUCGGUUGCACUGGUCGUUGCUCAUUACCUUUGUCCUCUUUAUCUUUAUUACGUAAUAAUUGUUAUUUAAUAAGUGUAUCAUCGGCAGCUAUAGAAUUUCCAUUUAAUGACAUGAUUGAGCAUUCAUUAUUAAAUGGUAAUAAAAAUCUAAUGAAAAUAAGCUUGUCUGAUAUACAAUUAAAUGAAUUAAAUAAUGAAAAUAUACAUCGUAAUAUAACAUUCCAAAUUAAAAAUCAAAGAAAUAUAACUAUAGUUAAUGGUGGAAUGCCUAUUACAUUUUUAGGCAUUUUAAAUCCAGUAAUACCAGAAAAAUUUGAUUUAACAGUUAGUUGCAUGAUAGCAGUGAGUAUCCAAGCUGUAAGUACAGAACAACAAAUAAAUGAUAAACAACAAAUUAUACCACUAGAUUCGAAAUAUUCGAAAUUCAUUUGUAAUUAG